AGGAGGAGGAGAAACGCACCUGCCCCUGUGCGCAGACGAGGACUGGGUCUCUCGAUGUCCCUCCGGCUGCAGGGUCCAGGGUCUGAUCCUGGACCACGAGACCAAAGUGGAAAAUAAACUGAGACGUAUUUGCAAAACGGUUAAAACGUAUAAAGACGAAGCGGAGAAGACGAUGGCGACGACAGCACGGACUUACCACCGCCUCAGAGAACGACUCGAGAGCGCCACCGCUCUUCAGGUGAGUUUUGUUAAAGGCGCCAAAGACUUGAGCAGAAACUUGACGUCUCUGCGGAAACGGUCGGAAAGCCUGGAGCUGAAGACGACGGAACUGAAAGAACAAGUCCAAAAACAACUGGAAGAGCUGCUGCGAACUGAGGUGGAGGUGGACAUGAGGCUGCGCUCCUGUCUCGGCUCCUGUCAGUCCGGCUCAUCGUGGUCAGUGAAUCUGGAAGACUACGCGACGCUCCGAUCUCAAACGGAAAAAAUCCACAACAAAGCGAGGGAACCGGAUUACGCGACGCCGGGAAUGAUUCCGCAAAUCCGGACGGCGCCGGUCGACUUCGGACCGGACCCGAGCCCUAUUUAUAAAAUCAUCAGGACCGUUCUGGACGAGGGACUAAACUUGUUUGAAGACGUGCGUCCAAAUCAACUGGAAUUUGAAGACGUUUACGAUUCGUCAGAACUUGAAUAAAUACGUUUUUGUUUUUUUAUUUUAAUUAGUUUGAUAUUAAUCACAAUCAAAAGGUGAAAUUUGAACGACUCCAUUUACCAAAUCGGAAAUGAUGCAGUUACAAGAACACAGACUACUCCAAGUCUUUACGAAGAUGCUCAGCGCGGAACGUCGUCCACUUCAGAUGAAUGUGAUUGACAGGUGGAUCAGCCAAUCAGGGACAGGCAUGAUCUGUCCGUACCAAAGCAAAUAUGGCCGCUAACGAGGAAAAAAGAAAGAAAAAUACAUCACAGGGACAGAAAACAUGGCGGAUUUCUGCAAAGCCCCAAACUGUUCAGCUGCUACAGGUUUGAGACACGUUGAUUCUGUUCAAAAUGAUGGUCGACCAAUCAGGUUUUUUGGCGUCUUUUGUGUUUGUUUUGACUUCUUCUUGUUGCCAUGUUACCGAGAAAUUCUACAGUGUGUUCUUUAAACGUGUGCAAAAUAAGGGACUUCAGUUACAGUCUGAGGUGGAAGAAGUACUCCAGUUUGUUACUUAAGUAAAAGUACAGAUACUGGAGCGAGAAAAUACUCACGUAAAAGUAAAAGUAUGACAUGAAAAAAUCGACUUAAUUAAAAGUAUUAAAGUAACUGUUUUGUUUUUUUUGUGUGUAUUUUUGUUCAAAUUAUGAACGUGUUAAAAAUAAAUCUAUAAUACUUUUACUUUUCAGUCCUGUAGUGAAGUAGAAAGUACAGAUACUGCUCUCAAAUGUACUCAAGUAAAAGUAAAAAGUACACACUGUAAAUGUACUGUACUUUACUACUUUUACUAUGUUCUGUUCCGUCACUGGUGGCAAUACUUGAACGCUUCAAAGGUGCAAUGUGUAACUUUUCUGGUGGAGGUUUGUCACUGUGGAUUUAUGGAUUUAUUUUGCUGACAAUAAGAAAUUUUAAGAGAUGUUUGUUGUUUAAAUGUGAAAUAGCUCCAUGUUUACAUCGUUUUCACAAAUGUGCACAGGGUUUUUGCAGGAUUUUUAGUGUUUUUGCGGGUUUUUUUCAGGAUUUUUUCAGGAUUUUUGCAGGGUUUUUACAGAAUUUUUAACUGUGUUUUUUACAAGGUUUUGGUGAUUAUUUAUAGACACAGUAAAUAUAAAAAUAAACCUCAAUAUUCAAACCUC